ACGACAAUUAGGUCGAAAGUUACAGGAAUUUCGUCGUCCGCUCGACGAAAGUUUAGUAAUUACGUAAGUUUGGCAAAGAUGGAUUUGAGAAAACAAGAUGAGAAAAUACGUCAAUGGCUUGAGCAAGAUAUUGAGGAGGACAGUAAGGGAGAGUCAGACAAUUCAAGUUCGGAAACGGAAGAUAUUGUGGAGAUGGAAGUUCACAAAAAUACGAGCAGCGAAUCUGAAGUUUCCAGCGAGUCCGAUUACGAACCAGUUUGCCCAAGUAAGAGACAGAGAACGCAAAUUAUUGAAUCAGAGGAAUCUGAUAACUCCGAAAGUAUUCGCCCAAGCAGAAGACAGACAAGUCGGGUUAUUGAUUCGGACGAAACUGAUGAGGAUGUAAUGAGCUCCACUCCUCAGAAUAUCCCUCGUAAUCCGAAUGUUAUUCAGCCAAGUUCCAGAUUCCUUUAUGGUAAAAAUAAACACAAAUGGUCGUCAGCAGCCAAACCAUCUCAUAACAUGUUGAAUCUAUCGAUUAUCAAUGCGUACGUUGUAUACGUUUCUAAUAAUGUUAGAAAUAAUAAAAAACCUAUGUCUCGGCGUGACUUCGUUAUAAAACUAGGAGACCAACUUAUGGAGCCCUGGCUGCGGCAGCGGUUGCAGACGGUGACUUUGAGACGUGAUAUCAAGGUCAUGAUACAAGAUAUCUUAGGGGAGUCUUCUGAUCUAGAAGCCCCUGUUCCUUCUGUGUCUAAUGUGCGUAAAAUCUGCUACCUAUGUCCUUCCAAAGCCCGAAGAAUGACAAAACACCGAUGCAUUAAAUGCAAACAGGCUCUUUGCGGGCCCCAUAAUGUUGACAUAUGUAGUCGCUGUAUUGAAUAG